AUGAAAACAUCCAGGUCUUCCCUGGGCUUGGCCCUCCUACUGAUUAACGCAGUAUUCGCAGAAUUUGGAGUUGAUCUCCACAACAGUAAUACUGGACGGCAAGUCAGUGGAAGAAAGAUCGAAAAUCUCGUCUCUGGGGUCGACAGAUCAACAGACAGUGUUGCGGAGCUCGGCUUGUCUGCUCUCUACGAUGUGCGACGGAACGCCAACGUCAACACACUAGACGGCAUCGACCUUGUUAAUAAAAUUGCUCAGCUCGACGUCGGUUCGCUCCUCAACGCCGGCGCGCAAGGACAGGAAGCCAGUCAGGGGCAAAGUCAACAGCAGCAAGGUCCAGCGCAGCCCCAAGGCCAAAGCCAAAGCCAAGGAUUAAGACCUGCAGGCCCUAGUGACAUCAACACAAGCAAUCUGGGCGGCGAUCUUGCAAAUCAGGUUGCUGCAGGCAACAGGCCUAUUGUGGGAACAGGGGACAUCAACACAAGUAACGUUGGUGGAGACCUCGCAAAUCAGGUUGCUGGAUUUGGUACUACUCCUGCCGCGCAGGGUCAGGCUCCUGGAAUAGCACAGCCAGGUCCACAAGCUCAGGCUGCAGAAGCACCUCGACCAGCAGCAGAGGCUUUGCCUGCAUCGGAAGCUCGCCCUUCGACUGGAGCGCAAGCAGCUGCUGAGGCUCGACCAGGCGGACAGGGUCAAAGCCAGGGGCUAGGGCCCGCAGGACCGAGCGAUAUCAACACGAGCAAUAUUGCCGGUGAUCUUGCAAACUCACUCGCUCCUGGAUCAAGCGUCAAUGGACAGCGUCCAGCAGGCAACGACAUCGCAGGAGAUCUCGCAAAUCAGCUUGCUGGGAAUGGUGCUGCCCCUGUCGGACAAGGCCAAACAAACCCUCAGGCUCAGGGCCAGGCUGCAGCUGGACAGAGCGGCAGCGCUGGCGCCGUAACCAUCCAAGUGAAGUCGACCACCAUCCAGGAGGCAAAUGGUCAGCAGAUACCGACAGCCGUCAUUGAACCACAGACUCAAGGACAGCAACCUGCAGCUGCACCAGCAGCGACUGGAGCGCCAGCCAUUGCAGCUCCCCAGCCCCCAGCUCCUCCAGCGGAAGCCAAACCUACUGAAGCACCAGCAGCAAUGCCUGCCCCGGCCGAGCCCCAAGGAAAAUCGACAGCUGCUGAAGCAGCACCCAAGCCGGAGACUCAACCUACUCAACCGCCUGCGGAGGGCAUGAGUGCAUCGAUGUCUGCUCCAGCUGCACCAGGCACAAUCACUGAAGUCGCUCAAGGUGGUCAGCCCACUGCAGCAGCCGGAGAAGCGUCUAAGCCAGUCGAGGGUGCUUCCAAACCAGCCGAAGGAGCACCCGCUCCUGCAGGUGCCAACGCUGCAGCAGCCCCUGCUGCGAUGCCUGUGACUAUUGUUGCGGGAGGCUCGCCAGCGCCUGGAGUUCAGACGGCAGCUCAGACCUCAUCUGCAGCUCCUUCUCCUGUGGACCCUGCCAAACUAACUGCAGAUGCUCUUGUAGCCUCAGCCACGACCACAGCAGCCGGUGGUCCCGUCACCGUACAGGCAGGCUCCGGAGGCAGCGGUACCACGAGCUCUGUAAGCGGAGCUCCAGCUAAUGGGGCUCAGCCAUCAGCAGUCACUGUCUUAGCAGGAAGCGGAGGCAACUCGAACUCAACAGGCUCAGCCAAUGGCGCACCAGCAGCUGUCACUGUACUCGCAGGCUCAGGCUCAGGCUCCUCCAGUUCUAGCGCAGCCGGCGUUGUUACCGUAGUUGCAGAAGGUGGAGCAGGGAACGGCACGGGCAACGCUGCAGCAACCUCCACAUCAAACGCAGCGGCAUCAGUCAACUCCGCAGCCCUCACUUCCGAUGCUCUCAUCGCUGCUUCAACCACUUCUGCCGCAGCAUCAGCAGUAACCGUCCUUGCUGGUUCAGGUGGAUCCACUAACGCUGAAGCAGCAGCAGCAAAUGGCGGUUGUAACUGCGCGUGCGUGUGUCCUGCAGGUUCAUUCCCCAUGUCUGCUCCAAAAGCGCAACCCUUCCAACUCGGAUCCGCGAGCGCGAGCUCAGCGAAUGCCGCAGCGAGCACGAUGCAGACCAUGGCCUCUGCAAUCACUGUUGUAGCAGGCGAUGCAUCCCCUGGUGCACAACAGGCCAUCGCAACGUCUAGCAGCUCGACCGUCAGUAUCAACUCAGCAACCCUGACAACGGCUAGUUUGCUCGCAGGCUCGGCACCAGCUCCAGCAGGCCCUGGCGUCACUAUAAUCGCGUCUGGAGAUGCUGCGAUAUCUGCGUCUGCAUCAUCUGCGACAUCGUCCGCAGGUAACGCUGCUGCCGCUCCUGCACCGCCUGUUGCCGGUGAAGCGAGCAGCGCAACAAGCUCCCGCAUAAGCGUACCAGCGCAAAGCGCCGUUGCGGGCACGACCAGUGCAGCCGCGCUGCCAAGCAGCACGGCGACGCUGCAGCAGACCCAAGCGCCGCCUUUCGAUAUCUCGACUGUGGCGCUGCAGAGCCGCGUCACGGUGAACUUGGGGAAGAGGCUGGUGAAGCCUACCGAGGCGGCGCGGCGGUGGUUGUAG